GACUGUUCUGAAAUGAUCAUCACCAUCAUCAUUCAUCAUCAACAACAACAAAAACACACACACACACACACUAUACUCUCACAACCCUCCAUAGUUCUCCUUUUCCAUAUUUUUUUUCCCACACUAUCAUCACCCUGUCGGCCUCUUUCUUCUUUUUUUUCCCCACUAUAUUUCAAGAAAAGAAACACAAAAAUCAAAAGACCUCUUUUUUCUAUAAGUUGGUAUCCAAAAUAUCAAUCCCUUUUCUUUUUUUUUGCAUCAAUUUUGUUGAAAGCAAUCUUAGAAACAAAAAAAAAUGAGGAAUAACAGACAAGUUGUAUCAGCUAGCAUGCCAAGAAGCAGCAGUUGCAGAAGCACAAACAGCAUUAUUCCCGCAAAUUUCAUGAGAUCCUCAAGUACUUCCGUCCCUGAUCCUUCCGGCGAGUUUUUCGACCGGUCCCUCGUCCGGAAAUGCGGCGGAGGCGCCGUCGCCGUCGCAUCCUCGUCUUCGUCGCCGGUUUCGACAUUUCACCGGUUUAACAAAACCCGCGGUGGUUAUGGGUUGUCAUCUAUUCUGAAGUCAUUCCUCACUAUUAUUUCUUUUCCGGCGAUCCUUCCGACUUGCCGGUGGCUAAAUAUCACGACGACCCAUCUGUCAAUCACGCCUUCUUUGGGCAGGAAGGUGACCGGAACCCUCUUCGGGAACCGGAGGGGACACGUCAGCUUCGCGGUGCAGGAGAAUCCACGGUCGGAACCGGUAUCGGUUAUCGAGCUCGCCGUCACAACGGCGACUCUGGUGAGGGAGAUGUCGUCCGGGUUGGUCAGAAUUGCGCUGGAAUGCGAAAAGGGUGCGCCACCGUCACGCGGUGGCCGGAGGCCGGCGAAGCUGGUGAACGAACCCAUGUGGACUAUGUACUGCAACGGGAAGAAGUGCGGCUACGCGCUCUCACGCGCUUACACGGAGUCUGACUGGCACGUGUUGAGCAUGAUCCAGAGCGUUUCGGUCGGCGCCGGGGUGAUUCCGGUGGUGGAGGACGGCCGGAAAAGUGGGUCGGAAGGGGAGUUGUUGUACAUGAGGGCUAAAUUUGAACGAGUUGUUGGGAGCCGUGACUCGGAAGCUUUCUACAUGAUGAAUCCUGAUGGAAAUGGAGGCCCUGAAUUAAGCAUUUUUCUUCUUCGGAUUUGAGUGGGCAAAAAAAAAAUUUGAUAUAAAUUUUACAGAAAAAUUUUUUAGUUCUAGCUUGUGUAUCAUUGUGAAGUAUACUCUGCAGGGAAGCUUUUAUUUUGCUUUUCUUUUAUUCCCAUUUUGGGGUUCUCUUUAAUUUUCCCUUAUGGUUUUCUUGUACUUUGUAAUAGUGAUGUGCAUUUACUAAAUUAAUGAGGAUUAGUUUGCUACUUUGCUUCAUUCACUCUGUAAUUUUGUCUUUCAUAAUUUAAAACAAUCACUAAUUGCACUAG